UCUUCUUGGUUUUAAUUAGUGUUGUGCAUUAUGGCGGAUCGACCACCACCCUACGAAACCCAUAUUUCAGUUGAUAGUGAGGUUAGAGGCCUAUCAUCCAAGCUUGAAAUUGUUGACAACGAACUGUUAAUACUGGAUCUUGAAAGACACCAAGCCAGGUUGCGUCAAAUUGAACUUAAAGCUUUACAGAGACGUAUAAAGAAAAACCGCGACAUUCUGAGAUUGCAAAAUCGCCCCAACACAAACUACUGGACAUCCAGAGAUCAUCCUUGGGAUAGGGAAGUCAAAGUUUUGCUGCAAGACAAAUUUAAUUUGGAAGCUUUCCGUCCAAAGCAAAUAGAAGCUAUUAAUGCUUUAUUAUCUGGGAAAAAUGUUAUAACCAUAUGUCCGCCCGGUUACGGGAAGAGCUUGAUAUAUCAGCUACCAGCUUGUAUGGUACAAGAUAAGAUAACUAUCGUUAUAGAGCCGACAGUAUCUAAAAUCGCGGAUCAAAUAUUAAAAUUGAGGCAAUUUAAUAUAAAAUCCACCACGUUGAAUUCUUUCAGUAGAGCUACAGAACCGAAAAAAAUCCACGAAAGGAUUAAUUUGAAUAAAUCUAGGAUAAGUUUUCUUUUUGUGACUGCCCAAUGGGUUGCCCGAAGUGCUUUAUUUAGAAGGCAUAUAAGGAAGUACUUUUUAAGAGGAGACCUCGCGAGAAUUGUGAUUGAUGAGUUUCAAUAUUGUUCUCGAUCUUGCCCUGAGUACAAGAUCUCAUAUGGAAACCUUAACGCACUCAAAAAUAUAUCUCCAAGGAUUCCAAUACUAGCUCUUUCAUCCGGAGCUAAAAAUGAGGCUCUGGAGGAUUUUCAAAAGCUUUUAAACCUGCAAGAAGCUGUCAUUAUAAGUGAAGUUACCAAUAAUACCAACAUUUAUCUAAAGGUUGUUAGUAAACCUAUUAAAUUAAAGCAAAGUGUAAGAUUCUUAAAGCAUAUGCUUUUGAAUGAUCUUGAAGGCAAGUUUGGUAUAAUCUAUGUUACUAGCACUACCUUGGCUUUUAAAGUCAAAAGAUUGUUGGAUAUAGAUCACUUAAAUAUAGUUGUAUACACCCAGAGCUUGAAUUUCAAAGAAAGAAACAAAAUACAUAAUAAAUGGUUUAAUGGUGAGAUACAAAUUAUCAUUACAGCUACUGAGGCAUUGUUCGAUAUUGAAAAACCUGAUGUUGACUUCGUUUUGCAUUUCUGCGCUCCAAAAUCCAUGGACGUUUUUUACUACGAAGUUUCUAAAGCCGGGAGAAAUCGACAAAAAGCUGAGGCCAUUUUGUUCUAUAAUAUAUACGAUAUUUUUAACAACGUCUGCAAAAUUGGGGAAGAUAAAAAUAUUACAAAAGCUUUGGAUAUCUUAAACUACGCUCAAAACCUUUUAGUUAGCUUGUGUGAUAAACGACAUGACGAAAGGUCGAGCAGCGAUUUGCUUAGCUACUGUGUCGCGCGUUGGAGGGAGGCGAGACCACGCCCCAUACGUUUCCCUAUAUUCGGUUUUACUCUGAACGGGCUGUAUAAAUCACUGUUAAACCGGUAA